UGCAGUUCGCGGUGGGCGGGGCGGACACUGGGGUUGAAGGGAAGCGAGUAGCUGUGAGGUGCGCUCAGCUACGCUUGUCGCCGAUAUGGCGGCGGUAAGAGCGGAAAUACUAAUUCCCAGAUCUUUACACUCCGACAUUCCAACUUAUGUUGAGUUUUGCAACCGAGCUGGAGAAGUAGCUAGAGCCUGGUGGCUGGAUUUUAAUGGCAAUCCAGUAUGUUACGGCGACAUUAGCCCUGGAAAUCACCUUCGGAUGAACACCUACGUGACUCACCCUUGGGUUUUUCGAAAUGCACUAAAUGAUGCCAAACUUCUUGUAAAUCUGGAGGAUGUAUACUUUCCUGAGCCACCAGUAGAUGAAGAUGGAGAGACUGUUUUCCGACAGGUUGUCAUCACCAGUCCAGUAUAUUCAUUGAAAGACUACUGUUCUAUGUUGAUUCGGAAACUUGUCAAGGAAGCAGAUUUCAAAAAGCUUGAGAUUGCAGAAUCUCUGAAGGAAGACUUGAAAGAGGCACCUAGCCUGGAGCAGGAACUUCGACAAUUAAACGCAGCCCAUAAUGUUAAAUGCUGAUGACUAUAAAUGUGUGUACACUUCAGUUUUCAUGCUCUACCCACUUUGUCUUAAAAAUGAAGUGCCUCUUGACUUGUUUGUUUAAAAAAAAAACAAAAAAAAACACUAAAAUUAUAAGUUAAAAUCUCAGGCACAGGAAUUAUUUAAAUGGAGUCACACAAACAUUAUUUUUAAUUUAUUCAGCUUGACCAAAUUCUAAGAUAAAUUUAGAUGUGCCAUAUUUAUUGAAUAAAUGUAGUAGUUGUAAUUAGCCCAACAAAAAAAUGUCUAAUUCAAGCUUUCCAUUACAAUGUGAAGUGGAAUAUUAAUAAUUUUCAAACCGCAGUGUUGAGCUUUUUUUUCCGUUUGAAUAAACUUGUUUUACCAGUAACAUUCAAUCUGGUUAAAUGGCUAUGAUGUGAGAAAUACACAUUUUGAUUGAAAACGUAACUGUCUUCAUACAUGUAAAACUGUCUUUAUCAAUGUAAAAAUAAUAUUCUGUGAAUAUAUACCUUAUUGCAAUAUUGAAA